GCCUGGCACAUCGCCCCUCCGCUCCCUCGCGGGGUCUCUGGAGGGGGCGGGCUCGCUGGAGCCAGAAAGCCCGGAGCCGCCCAGGAAUCUUGGCUGGAACUGCGAGCAUUUCCUCCCAGGCGGGCCGGCGCGAUCCCGGGGAGGGCGGGGAGGGCGGCCGCGGGCAGAAGUGGCGCUGCGCUCCGCCGGCCGGCAGCAUGCGGCCCCUGCUCUGCGCGCUGGCCGGGCUCGCCCUGCUCCGCGCCCCGGGCGUCUUCGCCGCUGAUGAACCCUUCAUCCCCUCCCGAGGAGACUCAGCUCAGAGCACAGGGUGUGACAGAUACAUGGCUGUCCACAGUCGGCUGGACGUCAUAGAGGAGACGGUGGAGAAGACGGUGGAGCACCUGGAGGCAGAAGUCAAAAGCCUGCUGGGUCAGCUGGAGGAGCUGGCCUGGAACUUGCCCCCGGGGCCCUUCAGCCCGAUCCCCGACCUCCUCGGAGACGGAGAUGAUCACUUUUGAGCACCAGAGCUGGAGCCGCCCAGCAGCUGGCAGUGACACAACAGCUCUCCUCUGAGAACAGAACAGGCAUUCUGGCCUGGCUUCCUCAGCUUUGUGCAAAAUAAAACCUACUCCUUUGGUC